CCACCAGCUGUCAAUGCUGUGACAGCAUAUCCUUUUUAGGUUAUAAAAAUAAUAAAAUAAACCUAUUUAGUGUCUAGCUUUUUACUUAAAUAAGUUUUUAGAUGAAAGUAUAAUAGAUCCUUUAAAUAAGGAAGUAGUGAAACUGCCAAGAAAUAAAACAGAAGCCGUACGAUGGCGAAUUCUCUAAUAACCAAGAUGGGUGCCUUGCGCAUGGGGCCUGCGAUAUUCACACAACCGUGCCGCACCACCACAAGCAAACAUUUCAACCCUAAAUUCAAGAAAAUGAGAGCUGAGAAGUACCUCAAGGUAGACUUGCCCGACCCUAACGAAGAUAUCGGCAGUUUGAGUCCACAAAAAAUAAGGCAAAAGAUGAAGGAAAGAGGUUUAUUGCCACCAAGGCCUUGGAUGGAGCGACCGUUCUAUAUUUCAGCUACAGGAGGAGUAUUCGAGCCGUAUGUCCCUCCAGAAGGAGAUGGCAAAGCUUCCAUCGUCUCCACAACUCGUGCAAAACAAGCCGUAGAACUGCUUGAGAAGAAAUCCAAAUCCAUGAUGGCAAUACGUAAGAUAAAGUCUUUUGAGGAAGAAUUUGACCAAAAGGAGUUUGCGUUAAGAGCUCAAGACACGUACAUAAAGGCACAUGAAAGUCUGGCCAAUAAUGAUAAGAGAGCCCUAAGGAUACAUGUCACGGAGAAAGCAUACCCUGAAUUUAGACACAACAGUUAUAAUAAGACUAUUCGGUGGAAGUUUCUGGAGUCGUUGGAGCCCCCAAGAGUGGUGCAUGCUCGGUGCACCGAUAUUAUUAGCAAGGAGAAUAUAUUCGGACAGGUCACAGUCCGCUUCCACACUCGCCAACAGCUAGCCGUGUACGAUCGCUUUGGCCGUCUUCUCCACGGCAGCGAAAUUCUCGCAAAAGACGUAUUAGAAUACAUAGUCUUCGAGAAACACUUGUCCAAUCUUUACGGUACCUGGCGCAUACAUGAGAAGAUCAUACCAGACUGGGCACCGCCUAAAGACCCUUCGAAACUGACCAAGGUCUUGCCUGAACCGGAGCCUGAGAUUGUGAAGGUGGAAAGUCAGGAGACGGAGACGGCGAAGUUGGAGGCACCUGCAGCGUCCCCGGCGCCGGCUAUUGCCGCUAAUUGAGUUGUAGAUUUGUAAAUAUAGUGUAGUGAUUAUUAA